AUGGCUGACGAUGACGGUGCCGGAAAUUGGUGCCUGAUUGAUAGUGAUCCUCGCAUCUUUACCGAACUCAUAAAGGGUUUUGGUGUUACUGGAGUACAAGUUGAAGAGUUAUGGUCCCUAGAGAAAGAAGAAUUUGAGAAAUUGAAGCCAAUUCAUGGUUUGGUAUUUCUAUUCAAAUGGCGCCCCGGUGAAGAAACUGUAGGUUCUCUGGUGCAAGAUUCUCGACAAAUCUACUUUGCCAAACAGGUAAUUAACAAUGCAUGUGCAACUCAAGCCGUCCUAAGUGUAUUACUAAACUGUAACCACAAAGACGUCCAGUUAGGAGAGAUGUUAUACAAGUUCAAGGAAUUUAGUGCUGAUUUUGAUCCGACAAUGCGUGGCUUGAGUUUAAGUAAUAUGGAUAUUAUAAGACAGGUGCACAACAGCUUUGCUAGACAACAAAUGUUUGAAUUCGAGAACUCAUCCAAUAAGUCUGAAGAAGCUUUCCACUUUGUAGCCUAUGUACCUAUUAACGGACGUCUAUAUGAGCUGGAUGGAUUAAAAGACGGACCAAUCGAUUUAGGCAAAUGCGGUGAGGAUUGGAUUACAGCAGUAAAGCCAAUUUUGGAAUCUCGGAUGACAAGCUAUGCAACCGGCGAGAUUCGAUUUAAUUUGAUGGCAGUAGUAUCAGAUCACAAAAUGAAAUUGGAAGCAGAUCUAGAAAAGUUACAAUCUAAUUUAUCCGAUCUGGAAGGGAAAUUAUCCAAAUUGGAUACAAAAAAAGACACCGAAGCUUAUCUCAAGUUAAAAAAUGAAUAUGCUACUGUUGAACUCAAGAUGAAUGAAGCUAAUCAUCAACUACGAGUAGAAGAAGAAAAACGUCUGCGAUACAAAAUUGAGCAUGCAAAGCGAGACCAUAAUUAUCUACCAAUGAUUGUGCAACUACUAAAGUGCUUGGCCAAGGAUGGCCGUCUGGUAGAACUGACGGAAAAGGCCGAACAGCGUCAAAAAGCGGUAACUGCCGCAGCACUGGAAAGGAGAAAGAGGAAAUUGGACUCUGGUAAAGAGAGUAGUGAUGACAAAGAUUCUGGAAAGUAG